AUGGAUUGGCAUAAGAAUCUGGGUUUCACAGAUCGAUUAAGAGCCAUCCAGUCACUCACUUUAGCCUAUCAGCAGGCAUCUUCAUCGGAUGCCUUUGCUGAGGCCCAAGCGCAAGCCAGGCAAUGUGAGAACGAGGCCUAUGACCACGCUACUUCCAAGGAGCAAUAUGAUCAGAUUUGCCAAAAUGCAAUUGACGCAGCGGAGGCUACCAGCUCUGUAGCAGUGCCCAAUGACAGCUCACACCCAAGCCAGGAUGUUUUUCCAGAUUCUACUACCUCAGACGAAUCAACCCUGGGAGAGACAUUUGGCCAGUAUAAAUCAUGCUUUCAUCAUUUUGAUGGGCUUCACUCAACAAUUUACCGGACCAAAGCACAGGAUGGAUCGGUGCGGGCCAUCAAGAUCACUAUCCCGCAUCUCAUGACAGCUCCCCACGAUGCCCAUCGUGAGACUCGUUCCAUCCUACGGGAUAUGUUCUCUGGCAUUGCCCAUAUUCACAAGCUGGGGAUCAUCCAUCGUGAUAUUAAGCCCUCAAAUAUACUGAUGGACUCUCCCAAUGGGCCCGCAUACCUGGCCGAUUUUGGGAUUUCUUGGAAAGAGGGAGACGCUGGGUCCGAGCCCUCGGAUUCAAAAAUCACCGAUGUGGGCACGACUUGCUACCGCCCUCCGGAGAUCCUAUUUGGGUAUCGGGGAUACGGCACGGCUCUGGAUCUCUGGGCGGCAGGAUGCGUGGUAGCGGAAUCCACCGUUGUAGGCCAUCGGUCUCUUUUCGACUCCGGGCCUCUGGGCAGUGAUCUGUCCCUGAUCCACUCCAUUUUUCAGACGCUAGGGACACCGGAUGAAAUUAGCUGGCCAGGAGUCCAUGUGCUGCCAGAUUGGGGCAAGGUAGAAUUCCACCCCUUCGCAGCGCAGUCCUGGGAUGAUAUUUUGCCUGGUGCAUCCUCCAAGGGCCGAGACUUAGUCCGCCAGUUGGUCUGUUACGAGAGCAGCCAACGACUCUCCGCCGACGAGGCUCUCCAGCAUUCGUAUUUCUCCGCACCUUAA